CUGUGUCGCUAACUUCUUCUCCCUUCCCCCCCAGACUGUGCUGACGUCAUGGUCUACCGGCCUGUACACGGCCACCGAUGGCGGCCUGUCCCUGCGCUCGGCCAUGGUCCUGCUGCCGUCGCACUGGUCCACCCGUGCCUGCCACCCGCCCGCGUCAAGCAGGCCGCCCGCGCCGCCCACGCAGCCCGCACACAUGUUGAUCUCGCCCCCUCACCCCGUGUUUGCAGACGCGCCCUGGACGCAACAGAGCGGCGGGUGCGGGCAGCAGGGGAACUUCAUCCAGAUGGGCGUGGGAUUCCUGGAGUCAGCCAACACCUCCUCCGCCCACGCCGUCCGCGCCGCGAGUCAGCUGGUGGGCGAGUGGGGCAAAUACCGCUGGGGGCUCUUCUCCGAGGCAGGCUACGCCGGCGACAACCUGUACCUGCCGUGGUACCGCCAGGGGCCAGACUGGGCGGCCACCGUGUGCACCGACGCCCACGCUGGCCCGCCGCCCUGCCAUCCCGAUCACGCCCAUCACUGCUCGUGGCCGCCAGAAGCACACCGGAACGCCACCUCCUCCCUGCUGUCGCUGCCGAACCUCCCGCAGGUGACGAAGUUCUGCGACUCGAAGACUCACAACCGGGAGGCGCCGACGAAGCAGAACGUCUUGUGCGGACGUCGCUCUGCCUGGGAGGUCAUGCUCGAGCACCCUGACUUCAAGGCCAAACGUCUUUUUGAGGUCGGGGGAACAAGCGAAGAAAGUUUUGAGAAAGAGGGAGGGGAAAAAAGCAAGAAAAAAAGUUAA